AUGAGGACCAUUGAACCUGUGUUAGAAGAUAAAAUGGACGAAGCCGUCACUCAUUAUAUAAAUUCUCAUCAGCCACCUGAGGUCCCUGUUAGGAGUGAUCUAGAUUCUUCAGUAAUAUUAGAUGCGCCAAUGAGACUUUUCAAUGGUCAAACAUUGGAAUCACAUCCUGAACCAAUUGUAGUACAAGUUCCACCUCUGCCUCCAUUACCACCAUUACAAGAGAUGAAGAGAUGUCCAGAAACAGACUGGUUUAAUAAAGACAAAAAUGAUCUUAAGGAGCAGCAACUCCUUUCACAGGAUACUGUUCUGGAGUCCAGCGGAUCUCCAGCACAUAAGCAGAGUAAAAAGAGCCUCCCUCAUAAGAAGAGGAUCUCACGGAAACUAAAACGAACAUCCAAUAGCACUCCACAACAGGAUAUAGUAGUGAUCAAUUGUGGAUCAGAAGUUCCACAAGAAGAAAUUCUACCAGAUAGUUUUUCACACGCUCACGAAACCCAUAAUACCAGUAACGGUCACGACGCCCAUGGAGCUCACGAUGCCCACGAUCCCCAUAAUCCUCACAAUGCUCACAAUCUCCACAACCCCCACCAUCCUCAUAAUGCUCACAAUCCACACAAUCCCCAUGAUCCUCACGAAACUGUUUUGCCUGAAGCCCAUCAUAUUGGACAGGAGAUGCGGUCGCCCCUCAUUUGUCAACUUUGCGGUGAAUACUAUGGUCACGAACAGCUUAAGUUCUACCAUCACCUCAAACAACAUUACGAACCACAACUUGUGUUAGACACUCCUGACCUGCCCAUUGAUAAGAUGACAAAUACAUGUAUGGAUAAUGUGGCAACUCUACCUGAUUCCAUAGUGGAACUAUCACUAGAAAAUACAGUUCCAAGGAUAAUAUACCCUCCGCAGGACAAAACAUUUUGCAGCUAUAAGAUUCCAUUUACUUCAACCAAUAUGGAAAAAGAACAAGAGCAGGGAAGAGUUGAUUUAUUUGAUUCAUUAGACAAAUUGGAAAUGUAUUUCUGCACGAAAUGUAAUAAAUCAUUCAGAAAACAGAAACAAUGUGAAAUCCAUAUAAAAGAAGCUCAUCUGAAUCAGAAGAUGGAUGAUAUAUCCGAGUUCAGUGACCCGGAAGAUCUCAUGGAGGGCAUACACGUGGCGGUGGAAGAAGGGGGAGGAGAGGGGGAAGGCGGUGAAGACUGUAGCAGUGAGCAAUACGACCAGGCCUUAUUACCACAUCUUACUGUAGAGAACGGACAUGUGCAUCAAGAACAUGUUAGACACUGGUAUAUGAGGAAUGGAUCAAACAGUUCGAUGCCACUUUGUACAUGCGGCGGUGCGGGAUACUGUGCUAUAUGCACACAUGCACACACGUCCACCAUCCAGCCCACACAGACGAUACACACACAGACCAUACAUACACAGAGCUCUGACAUGCCCUUGCCCAGUGUGACCAGUGUCAGUCACGUGACAACCAGCCACGUGACCAACGUCAAUCAUGGGACCAGCGUCACUCACACCAGCAAUGUUAACGUUACUCAGAACCUAGCAGUCAGUCAGAGGACGGAAAAAGAUGAAUCGCUACAGAGGAUUUUCGAAACGGAGAAUCAGAGUCACGAAAACUUCACAGAGAACAUUCUAGAACAACAAGAGCUGAACAUCAAAGUAGAACAGCCAGUAGAAGUUAAACAGGAGAAGAAAAAACCCACGAAAACCUUUGAAUGUACUCAUUGUGAUAGAGUGUUCCUUCAUAGAAACAGUCUGUUCUAUCACACGUUGAUGCACAGCGAGAAGCAACAAGUCUGUAGAGAGUGUGGGAAGGGAUUUUACACCCUCAAUGCUCUUAAGAUCCACAAGCGAGUUCACAGUGAUUACCGUCCUUGUAAGUGUGACGAGUGCGGAAAAGAUUUCAGGCAAUGGUCAGAUCUGAAGUACCACAAGGCAUCUAUACACUCCGAUAAGGAUCCAGGUACAUCGCCCCUGUGGCUUGCCUCCUCCGUUGUUCUGACAGUAUCGACAACUGUUGUUUCCGCUCUUACCCCCGUUGAGGUCGUCGCCCGUGGCAAUCCUGGGCACGGGCUCUACACAAUACCGCGCAGAAUUGGGUCCUUGCUGAAAUGCGCCAUCUACACCCUUCGGCCUCUUGUGCGAUGCCCACUCCCACGACAAGGACGCGCCAGACAGGAAUUAAUUAAGUGGAUCGCAAAGAAGAUGACUCUACUCUCGCAAGAGCCUGAGUUUGCUCGGCGGUAUUCCCUCAACUUACACAGACGUAUACACACUGGCGAGAGGAACUACAAGUGCGAGUACUGUAACAAGUCUUUUAGAGCCUCGUCAUACCGGCUGAGUCAUAUGAGAACUCAUACUGGUACUAAGCCCUAUAAAUGUACAGAAUGUGAGAAAUGUUUCCGUGUGUCUUACGAUCUGCGACGACACAUGCUGAUACACGACAAAGUGAGAGUUCGAGGUCAGGAACAAAAGAAUAAAACAAAGGAAAAGAAGCAGAAUGACACUAAGGAGCAAACAAAGGAAACAAAAGCCGCUAAGAUAGAUGAAAAGAAAGAAACAAAGCUACCUAUAUUAAAAAGUCUGCUAGAUAAGAAACAAACUAAACCCUCAAAGAAAUCACCUAAAAAGGCACCAAAUGUCACAGUUCAGAAUAGAUCAGAUGAACAAUUUAAAAUGGACCCAGAUUACAACAACGAAGUGUUCGACACAAGGCAGGAACAAUAUAAGUUCAAAGUAUACUCAAGUGAAUUUAAACAAAAAGACUACAUAGAAGAAGUCAGGCUAGAAGGAAGGCAAGAGGACAGGGAACUAGUGACAUUAAGGACAUUGAAAAAUCAGGAAUGUGAUAAUAUUGAAAUGAAUAAGCUGCCUUAUAGAGAAAACACAGAUGGGAAGAUGCAGGUUUAUACACAAAUAGAGAAAACAAAAGAAUAUAGUGGACCCAUAGUUACCAAUGCAGUAUCAUUAAGUGAUAUGAAGAGUUUAGAUCGUGAUUCAAGGGACAUGAGGAACGAGGUUCACGGUGAAACCAUUGACAGUGCACUCUUAGAGCGUUUGUCUGCGUAUUAUAAUAAUAACAUACCGGCCGUAUGA